AUGCCUUCCAUCAUAGAACUCGGUGCUCCUGAUCGGAAAAAUGGUGAUUUGACAGUCGCCGGACAUUCGAAUGAGCUCCUUUCGCUUCUCAAAGGUCAAAGCAGCAGUUUCCCUCCUGGCAAGCAAUACAGUAUCGCCAUCAAGGAAGUCCCCGUGACGGUGGAACGGAUGCCGUACUAUCCUAAAGAUGGCGACAGUCUACAGGAUCCCGGAACUGCGCGGGUGAACAUUGCUGCCUCUAAUGAGAGCCCGAAUGGAACUUCUCAAGACAACUGGGCUCAAGACCACAAACACCAAACAGUCGUACAGCAGCAUGUGGUUUACUGGGACAGAGAUCAAGAUGGCAUCAUCUGGCCGCUUGACACCUAUAGGGGCUGUCGCGCAUGGGGCUGGAACCCUAUAUUGUGCCUGAUCGCCAUGUUUCUGAUCAACGUCAAUCUCUCGUACCCAACAUCCCCCUCUUGGAUACCUGACCCUUUCUUCCGUAUACACAUCUCGAAUCUCCACAAGGACAAGCAUGGCAGCGACUCGAUGAGCUUUGACAACGAAGGCAGAUUCAGACCUCAGAACUUCGAAGACAUGUUCUCAAAGUACGACCGUGGCAACAAAGGUGGCCUUGAUGCCUACGACCUGGUCAGAAUGCACAAAGGUCAAAGAAUGGCCAUGGACUUUUUCGGCUGGAGUGCGUCAUUCUUCGAGUGGCUCGCAACCUAUCUCUUGCUUUGGCCCGAGGAUGGUAUCAUGCGCAAGGACGAUGUGCGCAGGAUCUUCGAUGGUAGCAUCUUCCAAUUCAAGGCUGAUGAGUACGCCGAGAAGAAGAAACGACAGGGUGGUGGCGACAGAAGUAUAGAAAGCAGGAAGAAGAAGGCCUAG